UUAAACUUUUCCAAAUUUGUAUUUUUUUAUAUAUUAGAUAUAAAUAAGUUUUUUGCUAACAACGCGGUUAAUUGAGCUGAUAUUUGGAGCAUAGAUUGUGUAUGCCAAGUAUAAAUGAGCAUUAUUUACAGAGUUCAUUAGAAUUUUAACCCGAAAUGAUUAAAUCCUUAGUCACCUCCAAUCUCUUUUCUUCUUUCAACUUUCUUUCUUUUACUCGUCAUGUCUAAAGCCAUUCUCUCUCGUAUCAAACCUCUCCACACUCCAAAGAGCACUUCUCUUUCACCGUUGCGCGUCCCUCCCCAUGUCAAAAACCUCAUCAAUGAAACCAUUCAAAUCCUCAAAACCCACCAGCAAUGGCCGGAUUCCCUUCAAACCCGUUUUUGCGACGAAGAAACCCGCGUUUCGGAGAUUGCCCAUUACGUGUUUGAUCAAAUACAUGACGUAGAAUUAGGUAUAAAGUUCUUUAAUUGGGUUUCUAAACAAGAAACUCUGCAUUUUCCCUUCAAUGGGUUGGCUUAUUCUUCAUUUUUAAAGCUCCUAGCGAGGUUUAAACUAUUUUCCGAGAUCGAUACUGCGCUGGAGAAUAUGAAAAUGGAAGAAACAAAACCUACGCUUGAAGCUUUAAGCUUUCUUAUUCGUGUUUAUGCGGAUUAUAGCUUUGUUGAUAAAGCUCUUGAACUGUUCUAUUCUGUGCUUAAGAUUCAUGACUGUGUUCCUAAUCUGAUUGCUUGUAAUUCGUUGCUUAAUAUACUUGUGAAGUUAAAAAAAGUUAAGAUCGCCCGUAAAGUGUUCGAUGAAAUGGUUGUAAGAGAUGGUUGUGUGGAUAAUUAUAGUGUCAGUAUAAUGGUGAAGGGUUUAUGUAGCAUAGGGAAGGUUGAGGAAGGUAAAAAAUUGAUUGAGCAUAUGUGGGGGAAAAGGUGUGUUCCAGAUGUUGUUUUUUAUAAUACAUUAAUUGAUGGGUAUUCUGCUAAAGGUGAUGUUGAAAAGGCUAAUGAACUUUUUAAGAAUAUGAAAAUGAAGGGAUUUUUGCCUACCUUGAAGACUUACGGAGCCAUGAUAAACGGGUUUUGUAAGAAAGGGGAUUUUGAUGCAAUAGACAAGCUUUUGAAAGAAAUGAAAGAAAUGGGUGUCUCUGUUAAUACUCAAGUUCAUAAUACCAUCCUUGAUGCUCGAUUUAAGCAUGGUUUUGAGGUUAAUGUGAAAGACACUAUAAAGCAGAUGAUUAAGAGUGGAUGUGAACCUGAUAUUGUUACAUAUAACACUUUGAUUGGUGGUUUAUGUAAGGAUGGGAAGGUUCAGAAAGCAGGUCAGCUACUGGAACAGGCAAAGAAGAAGGGGUUGACACUGAAUAAAAUUAGUUUUACCCCUUUGAUACAAUGCUAUUGUAAAAUAGGGGAAUAUCUUGUGGCACUAGAUUUGCUUAUUGAAAUGUCAGAGAGGGGACAUAAACCUGAUGUAGUCGCUUUUGGAUCUCUUGUCCAUGGACUUGUUGCAAUGGGAGAGGUGGAUGCUGCAUUAACAAUUCGACACAGGAUGUUAGAAAGGGGAGUUUUGCCUGAUGCUGGUAUAUAUAAUGUUUUGAUGAAUGGACUUUGCAAGAAAGGAAAACUUUCUGCUGCUAAAGUCCUCCUCAGAGAGAUGCUUGACCAAAAUGUACCCCCUGAUGCAUUUAUUUAUGCCACUCUGGUUGAUGGGUUCAUCAGGGAUGGUGAUCUCCAUGAGGCAAAAGAACUCUUUGAUGUCAUGAUUGGAGAAGGCAUGGAUCUUGGUGUUGUGGGAUAUAAUGCCAUGAUUAAGGGUUUCUGCAAAUUUGGAAAGAUGAAGGAAGCAUUAUUAUGCGUCACUAGAAUGAUGGAAGCACAUCUUACCCCAGAUCAGUUCACUUACUCUACUAUUAUAGACGGUUACAUAAAGCAGCAUGACAUAGGUGGUGCCCUAAGGACGUUUGGACAGAUGGUGAAAAGACAAUGCAAGCCCAAUGUGGUAACGUACACCUCCCUAAUCAAUGGGUUUUGUAGAAAUGGAGAUUUCAUUACGGCUGAAAAAGCUUUUAAAGAGAUGCAAUCUUGUGGUUUGGAACCUAAUGUAGUCACAUACACUAUACUUAUUGGGAGUUUUUGCAAGGAAGGUAAACUGGCAAAAGCAGUCCUCUAUUUUGAGUUGAUGCUAUCUAACAAGUGCAUUCCUAAUGAGGUUACUUUCAAUUAUAUUGUAAAUGGCUUCACAAACAGUCCAGGUGCAGUUCUGGAUAAUCAGUGUUUGGAGAAGAGAUCUCUUUUUCUUGAAUCUUAUAAUAUGAUCAUAUCUGAUGGAUUGGUUCAAAGAGCUGCUGUUUAUAACUCUAUCCUCCUCUGCCUUUGCCAAAAUGGAAUGACUAGAAUUGCUUUGCAAUUGAAAGAUAGGCUGAUGAACAAGGGCUUCCUCUCUGACCCUGUCUCUUCCGCUGCCUUUCUACAUGGCAUUUGUUUGGAGGGACAAUCAAAGGAGUGGAGGAACGUAAUUUCUGUUGAUUUAAAUGAACAGGGACUUCAAAUUGCUUUGAAGUACUCAGAACUUUUGAUCCAAUGUCUGCCUUGCGGAAUAACUUCUGAGGCAUCGCUAAUUUUGCAGGACUUGAUUAAACGGUGCAGCUAUGAAAACCAAAGGGAAGAUCUCAAAGUAUCUGCAAAAUAGAGGAAAUACCCAAAGUAAAACACAUCAUCUGGUUUUACUAUAUGAAAAUAAUAUUUGGUUGAUUUAACAGGUGAAUUGAUCUUGAAUGAGUAGGGUGGGUGGUUAACUGCUGCUUUCACCAAAUAACUCAACAAGUAUAUGGCGAACAUUUUCUUUGCAGACCUUAACAAUUCAUUUUAGCUCAAAAACAACAAAUAAUGGAGUGGUGUAAAUCAGGCAAUUUAGUCUUCUUCAGUUUCUAUUUUUGUUGGAAGCAUAGGAUGGAUACUGACAAUUUCUGGGCUAAUCUCAGUAAUGGUGCUUGUGCAUCUAGGUCCACCAUAAUUGCAUUCUGUCAACGCCAUUGUUUUUAGUGACAGAUUCUGAGGAAGAAAUGAGUUGGAGGUGUUAAUUUGUUAAAAUGUUUUAAAUAGCAAGCUAAACUAAGAGCUUGGCUGGAUCCUGUGUGACUCAUGAAGAGAAGGCUCUUUUGCUGAACUUAGAACCUAACAAAUUGUUUUGAUAAAUGUAUAUGGAUUUUUCAUUUGGUUUUCAGGCAGAAGCUAGUGUCAUGGGGCUACAACUUAAGCCUAGCAAACCGUGCGGCUUUGGGCAGAAACUUAGUUUCUAAUCCACCUGAGUCAAAGAUGAAAAUUCACAAUGGCAAAGGCAGAGGAGGAUAGAGUCAUAAACAGCAGCUCUUUGAACCAAUUCAUUAGAUAUGAUCAUAUUAUAGGAUUCAAGAAAAAGAGAUCUCUUCUCCAAGGACUGAUUAUCCAGAACUGCACCUGGACUGUUUAUAUAAUUGAAAGUAACCUCAUUAGGAAUGCACUUGUUAGAUAGCAUCAACUCAAAAUAGAAGACUGCUUUUGCCAGUUUACCUUCCUUGAAAAAACUCCCAAUAGGUAUAGUGUAUGUGAUUACAUUAGGUUCCAAACCACAAGAUUGCAUCUCUUUAAAAGUUUUUUCAGCCGUACGAAAUCUCCAUUUCGACAAAAUCCAUUGAUUAGGGAGGUGUACGUUACCACAUUGGGCUUGCGUUGUCUUUUCACCAUCUGUCUAAACAUCCUUAGGGCACUACCUAUGUCAUGCUGCUGUAUGUAACCAUCUAUAAUAGUAGAGUAAGUGAACUGAUCUGGGUAAGAUGUGCUUUUAUCAUUCUAGUGAGGCAUAAUAAUGCUUCCUUCAUCUUUCUAAAUUUGCAGAAACCCUUAAUCAUGGCAUUAUAUCCCACAACACCAGGAUCCAUGCCUUCUCCAAUCAUGAUAUCAAAGAGUUCUUUUGCCUCAUGAAGAUCACCAUCCCUGAUGAACCCAUCAACCAGAGUGACAUAAAUAAAUGCAUCAGGGGGUACAUUUUCUCUACUUGGUGUAUAUAUGUCUAAGGUGCAGUCAAUUAUUGGUAAAAAAUAGAGACCGUUAGCAACAAUGAGUUAGAAUUAUAUAAAAAAAGAAUGAAGCAUUAAAAUAAUGUUUUUUCAAAAGGCAAUAUUGAAUCAUAUUCAAACAACAAUGGCAUCGAAGAGAGAUAGAAAAUUAUUUUAAUUGAUGAUGAAGUAAUAUAAUAUUAUGAGAUUAUUUUUAUUUUUGAAGUUGUUUAUGCCAAGUAAGCAAGCAAACAAUCUUAAAUUCGUAUAUUUUAUUGUUUGGUAUAUGUAAAAAAUGUUUUGCAUAUUUGUUUUGAAAAGAAAUUUGAAAUUUAACAAUUAUUUUUAAUCGUUAUUAAA